AUGGCUGCUCAAGCUGUUGGGUAUGACGAGGAAUGUGUUUCUAAGCUUAGAUCUGCACAAACUCUGCAAGUACCAGACGAAUCAUCCUGGAAGGAGUUCCUCCACUCUAUAGCAAUGAAGGAAUCCGAUACUUUCUGGUCUCGCCGGGCAGUUGCUGGUCACACUGCUGUGUUCUUGCCAGUAUCACGAAGCUACAUUUCCACGUCUCCUGGGUCGUCUCUUUUGGUCCGGUUACGUCGUGAUUGGAAUUCGACGUUUUACAUCAGGGUUGAUCAGAAUGGAUCUUUCCACACAUAUCCUCCUGUGGGUGGACAGUUUCAGAGCUUACAAGAAGCGGACAAUGCCAUCGACCGCUAUCUUCGUGACCGUCGGAGUCCAAUGAUGUGCAAGGAGCUGGCUGGGGUUUCUCAAAAGGAGAUGGCUAUACGGCGAUGCCUUUACUGGCCUGACGGCACAAGGAAGAAACGUAGAAAAUCACAAGUGAUUGAGAAAACUCUUGAUCCGAUGCGCUCAUUGGUUCAAGCUUUAAUGGACCAGUAUAACGAGAAUCACCAACGGUUUCAGGAUCUUCCAUAUGAACUCAAAGAUUUUCUUCACUGCCAGUAUAUUUCUGAGAGUAGUAUCGGCAGCUACUAUCAUUUGAAUUUCACUGCAAAUAGGAAUGGAGUUGAGGAUAUUGACCGUAGCAAAGACAGUAUGUUCUUUGUUGAAGUCAAAUUUAUGAAAGGAGAACAAUUAGAAUUGGUGGUUAACUGUUUCUGCAUUGUUGAACCUAAUGACAAUGGUCACUGCUAUGGUUGUAUAAAUAAUGGAAGUGCUUACAUGAAGCACCCCAGCAAGGAUGAUGCAUACACUGGUGGUCACUUGGACACAUAUUCGUCAUUUGGAUAUGAUAGGAGUGACUCUGAUAAUUCUGAUAGCGAGGAGGCUGAGGAGACUAGGAUAAGACGUAUGUACGCGGACUAUGAUGUUGAAGAACGUAUUGUGGCUGAACUGGGCCUCGACAAAGACCCUCCACCUAACAUAACUGAAGAAGAUCUGAGGAGGGUGUUUGGGCGUGAAACAUGA